UGCAUCACUUGGAGCCUUGGAGUCCGUGGAUUUUUAGCCGUGUUGCCCGUCCCUGGGAUGCCCUUAUCGUACCUGUGGUGACCACGACCACGGAAUAUCUGCCGUGGGAACUUUCCUACCCGGGACUUGCCAUCAUUGGGGGUUGUGGUUCCCUUUCACUGCCGCUGUCGUGUAUUGAGCACUUCGGUAGUGCUUUCCGGCAGUGAAGGUCGGCGAUUCUGAUGAUGUGAUGCUGGAUAUAUUGCUGUUGACUUGCCCACGUCGUUUUUAUUCCUCCGCUGACGGUAUUGUGUACUUCUAUUUCUUUCUGCGUUUUGGCUUGGUAGGCUAUCGUGCUGGAGAGGCCUUGCGUCAUUCAUCCCACAUCCAUUGUCACAGACGAGUAAUUGACAUCCACGGUUGCAAUGGGGAAAUUACAGCUUCACGUCGGCAUCAUCGGCGCUGGCCUUGGUGGUCUGGCAGCGGCCAUUGGUAUCGCUAGAGCCGGGCACAAAGUCACCAUCCUCGAACAAGCUCCCCAACUAGGAGAAGUAGGAGCAGGUAUUCAGAUUCCACCAAACAGCACUAGAAUCCUCGCACGAUGGGACAUCCUACCGGCCAUCGAAAAAGUCUCGGUUCGCCCCAACAAUGUCAUUAUGCGAUCUUACCGUGACGGAAAAGUUCUCUCGUCUCAGCCCUUGAUUCCAAUAUGCGAGGACGUCUAUGGAUAUCCUUAUCUGCACAUCCAUCGCGCCGACUACCACAAAAUCAUGGUGGAGGAGGCUCGGAAACUGGGCGUGGACAUCCAACUCGACAGUUUCGUGACAGGGAUCGACUUUGAGCGUCCAGCGGUCCACGUCAAGAACCGCAAGGACCCUUUCCUUUGCGAUCUGAUUAUCGGCGCGGAUGGGUUGAAAAGCGUAUGUCGCGAAGCGCUGCUUGGCCAUCCCGAUCCACCACAUCUCACAGGCGACUUGGCGUAUCGCAUCACUGUGCCAGCCGAGGACAUGAAGAAACAUCCCCUGCUGGCCGAUUUGGUCGCCGUGCCGAACAUCAAUUUCUGGCUAGGCCCCAGCUCGCAUGUCGUUUGCUAUCUUCUCAAGGGCGGCAACCUGUACAACAUUGUCAUUGCAUGCCCCGACAACUUGCCUAAAUUCGUCAACCAGCAAAAGGCCGAUUUGGAGGAGAUGCACGCCAUCUUCAAGGAGUGGGACCCCAAACUGCGCGCAUUGCUUGAGUUGUGCCAUGAUACAUCGAAAUGGCGGCUCCAGAAUUCCAGGGAGAUGAUGUCCUGGUCUCACCCUUCGGGACGGUUCACUUUGUUGGGAGAUGCGUGCCACGCCACCCUGCCUUACCUUGCGCAGGGCGCAGCUCAGGCCGUUGAAGAUGCUGCAGUCUUAGCUCAUCUAUUUGAAAAGGUUGAACAUGCGCACCAAGUGCCGGAUUUGUUGACGAUUUAUGAAACGAUACGGAAGCCCCGAGCGACCGCUGUUGUGGCGGGUAGUUCGUAUGCUGGACAAAAGAUUUAUCAUUUGCACGAUGGGCCACGGCAAAAGGAGCGUGAUAGACAGAUGCUUGCGUUCCAGGACAAGCCGUUUGAAGGGUAUCAGAACCGCUGGAGAGAUCCGGUGUUCCAGAAGUUCUUGUUUAGUUAUGAUGCGCAGAAAGUGGUGGAUGAUGCUUGGAAGGUGUAUCAGGAGGGACGGUUCGUGGGGACGAUCGGACAGUUUGGUGUUGAUGGGGUGGGUGAGGCUGGGGAACGGGAGGUGCAUGAGCUGAGGAGGAAUGAGAAGGCGAGGAGUCCUAGGGAGUCAAGACUGUGAUGAGGAUUUUCAGCUCGGCACCAAUGGCUAGGUCAAGUUACGAGCGACGUGGCGUUGGUGUAGGUUCUUCUGCUCGGGAUGGCGUUAUGUUGUUUUCAGACACCAGCUUGGGUAGCGAUGCAUAGCGAGUCUAAUUUUUCAGGCAGUCACUGCCACUCAUGAUGUUUCUGAA